CGCUUCUCGCACGCUGACUAUCACCAUGUUCGAGGUUUUAACUUCUUCCUUCUCUGUCACUAUCGCACUUCUUGCCUUUAGCACAAUAGCUAUGGUCCAAUGGCUUCGUAAAGACUUUGAUGCUCAUGCCAAACACUGCUACAUCGGCGGGGGUUCUCAAGGAUUAGGGCUUUCUUUGGCAUGUCUGUUGGCUCGCAAAGGUUCUCAUGUUACCAUCGUAUCUCGUAGUCAAAAGAAACUGGACGAAGCUCUUGCAGUGAUCGAAACGAAUCGGCAACACCCCAACCAGGUCUUUCAGGCACUCUCCUUCGAUCUCACUUCUCCUGAGGCUUCCGAAGCAGCUUUGGAUGCCGCUGCACGUCCCUUUGAGGGCCGGGUUCCCGAUGUGAUAUUCGCUUGCGCUGGUGGUGCAGUCGGUGGCUACUUUAUUAAACUUUCACCUGAAGACUUGAAAGCGAGCGUCGAUAUGAACUACUGGACCGCUGCCUGGACUGCCCGUGCAGCCGCAACACGAAUGGCUAAACAAGGAGUAGAAGGCCGGAUUGUCUUCACCUCCUCGGUACUUGGCUUGAUGGGUCUGCCGGGUUACUCAGCGUAUGCCCCUAUGAAGCAUGCGCUCCGUGGUCUAGCUGAAUGCCUCAGAUCAGAGUUGCAACUCUAUCGAAUCCGAGUGCAUUGUUACUUUCCUGCGACGAUGUACUCACCUGGCUUUGAGAUCGAACAGCAAACCAAACCCGAGCUUACCAAGAUUCUCGAAGGACCCGACGAGGGACUGACAACAGACGAGUGUGCAAAACGAUUGGUACACGGCCUAGAGAAAGGACAUUGUUUCAUUACAUCAGAUCCGAUCGGUCAUCUGUUUCGCUGUACCAUGAGGGGUGCUGCUCCGAUCUCGAACUACAUCCUUGAUCCAAUCUUUGCUUUUGCAGGCACGAUUGCACUGCCUAUUUGGAGGAAAAUCACCGAUCGUCAGGUCAAACAGCAUGUUAAUCAACAUCGAAAGGAAGUGGUCGAUAAAUUAUGAGAGUUAUCAGCCAUGUCCAUCUGAAGUUGGUACAAGGUGUCAACAUAGGAGGAUAGGUGCUGGGAAAGGGUUGAACGCAGCACAAGGACAAGGUAAGGCAAACUCAUCUAGAAAGAGCAACAACCAGUUCAGCAUUCAAAUCCCCCGAGCAAUCAAGCCAGCGCGCAUUUUUUUUUCAUUCUCAGUUGUUCAGACUCCACCCCUUUGUUCCCUCUCAGAAAGACUAAUCUUGAAAUCACAAAACAAUUGAGUCAUCCUCAUUAUUC